UACCCUCCACCGAACAGACUUUUUUCUCCUCUUCUUCUUCUUCUUCUUCUUCUUCUUCCCUCCCUCCUCUUCUCUCUCUCUCUCUCUGUAAAAGUCGCAGUUUCUCUCUCUAAAAGUGAGAGAAAAAGCUUCUCUCUCUCUCUUUUGCCAACCCUCGCAUUCAUUCUUUGCUUCUUCCUUUUAUAUAUCACGAGAUCCCCCACCCCCUUUCUCUCUUUUCCUCUUCCUUCAACUUAUAAUUCAACUCAAAACAUAUUGCAAUCCAAAAAGAGAAACCAAGAUUGUGUUGUGGGGUUUUAGGAAUGGCAAAUUCUGGAAACCCCAUCUUCGAAAUUAGUCUAACUGAUCGGUUGAGAAACUCUUCUCUCAAUUCCACUGAAGAUGGUACCGACAUUAACAAACCCGAUUUCAGAGAACUGGAUCUGGGUUCUUCAACCCGACCUAAUGGAUUUACAUGUAUUACUUCUACAAGUAGUAGCUCCAGUUCAUCUGGAUCAAUGUCCGGUCCUAACCGGUUUAAUACCAAUCAUUCCGGUGAGCUUUCCGGUUCAGUUGAGAGUUCACGUCGGUUUAAACCGGGUCAUACUCGGUCAAGGUCCGAUUCUCAUCCGUUAAUCUACUCCGGUAGAAGUUCUGUAAACUCCCCUGCUAUAAAUUCAUUUCCCACCGGCAAUAUCUGCCCUUCAGGUAAAAUUUUGAAAACCGCUGUUCCUAGUAGUAAACCUUUGAAGAUGGACGUUUUCGGGUCAAGAACCGGGAAUUACGGCCACGGAAGUAUAAUUCGGGGCGGUGGUGGGGUUGAUGCUGCCAAUGCCAAUGCCGUGAAAGAGAAAAAUUAUUCGCUCAAUGAUCCAGAAGAGUUGAAGAUAAUAGGGAAUGAGAAUUACAAGAAGGGUAAUUUUUCUGAGGCUUUAAGUUUUUAUGAUAAAUCUAUAUCGAUUUCUCCUGGAAAUGCUGCAUAUCAUUGUAAUCGGGCAGCUGCAUUGAUGGGUCUGAAACGGGUGGCGGAAGCUGUGAAGGAAUGUGAGGAAGCUAUUAGGCUGGAUCCUUCAUACUUUAGAGCGCAUCAACGGUUAGGAUCUUUGCUACUUAGUUUAGGACAGGUUGAAAAUGCCAGAAAUCAUAUGUGUAUCCUGGGGCAUCAGCCAGAUCAGGGUGAUUUGCUAAAGUUGCAGGCAGUGGAGAAACAUAUUGGAAAAUGCACUGAUGCCCGUAAGGUUGCUGAUUGGUGGAGUACAUUAAGAGAAGCUGAUGCAGCAAUUGCUUCUGGAGCUGAUGCAUCUCCCCAGCUGCAUGCAUGUAGAGCGGAAGCUCUUUUAAAGCUACACCAAUUAGGGGAUGCUGAAUUGAGCCUAUCAAAUGCUCGCAAGUCUGAAUCAUCUAUUUUGGGAUCCCAGUCAAAAAUUUUCGGGAUGCUUUCUGAAGCAUACCUACUUUUUGUUCAGUCUCAACUGGAACUGGCUUUGGGAAGGUGUGAAAAUGCACUUACCACCAUUGAGAGAGCUGGACAGAUUGACCCUCGAAGUAUUGAAGUUUCAGUUUUAUUCAAGAAUGUGAGGUUGGUGGGACGAGCUCGUGCUCGUGGAAAUGAUUUAUUUAAAUCUGAGAGAUAUACUGAAGCGUGUGCGGCUUAUGGGGAAGGUCUCAGGCUUGAUUCUUCAAAUGCAGUUUUAUACUGCAAUAGAGCAGCUUGCUGGUACAAACUCAGGCAGUGGGAGAAAUCAGUGGAUGAUUGCAAUCAAGCUCUCUGUAUUCAGCCAAAUUAUACUAAAGCCCUUCUUCGAAAGGCUGCCUCAAACACUAAGCUAGAAAGAUGGGCUGAAGCUGUUAGAGAUUAUGAAGUUUUGAGGAAGGCACUUCCAUAUGACAAUGAAGUUGCUGAUUCAUUGGUCCAUGCCCAAGUUGCAUUGAAGAAAUCAUGUGGAGAAGAUGUUUACAAUAUGAAAUCUGCUGAGGAGGUGAAGUUGGUUUUAGGUCUCGAGCAGUUUCGAGCUGCAAUCUCAUCACCUGGUGCAUCCAUAGUAUAUUUUGAAGCAGCAUCCAACCUACAAUGCAAGCAGAUAUCUCCAAUUUUACACACAUUAAGCACUAAAUAUGCUUCUGUAAAUUUUCUCAAGGUGGAUGUGGAUGAAAGCCCGGAAGUUGCUUCUGCUGAAAAUGUCACAGUUCUACCAACAUUUAAGAUUUACAAACAGGGCCGCUGCAUGAAGGAGGUGGUUUCUCCAAAUCCAGAGGUGUUAGAGUCCUUGGUGAGGCAUUAAGCUAUUUAAGAGCAUGAUUGAUAUGUAAUUUGCCUCUUCACGUAUUUGACUUCUCUGCUCUCUCCCCACCUUAGAGGAUGGAUUGAUAUUGCCUGUGACGUGAAUCAGAGCUACCAUGUCAUAAUCUCAUAGGAGCCAAUUCAAAAGCUGGUGUCCUUUAGAGCCAUGGCUUAGUUUCUGUUUUCAUCCUUCUAGUUAUUUAUUCAUUCCUCAUUGCUCUUGGCGUCCAACUUUUUCCAUCUCCUUUGUUUUCUUCCAUUUUUUUUUGAACACUUAUUAGGAUUUCCUCCCUAGUAUAAUCUAUCUUAUGUUUGAGGAGAACUAGUGAAACAUGUCAAAUUUAAUUUUUGGCCAUAUAGCUGAACACUUAAAGAGAAGUGGCUGGUUGGCUGACUGGUUGUAGAUGAAGAUCUACAAAUGUAUAUGUAUGAUCAUGUAUACACAACCAUUGGAGACGACGAAGGAAGGGAUAUUGGGCAUCAACAAUAUUGGACAUCUGGUUUGUACCUUACUAGGUUAGCUGAAGGAUGAAAAUGUUGAUGAUAUUGAUAUUGAUAUUUAUUUGAUAAAUUAUUCUAUAAUAAAGUUAAGUUUUUUUUCUUCCCAA